CCCACCACCCUGCAUUAACUCUAACAAAACAAAACAAAGCAGACAAAAGCAAAGAAAAGAAGCCUCUUUCGCUUAAUUUCCGCGCUUUCGUAGCUUUUCUCGCCAAACAAAACUUUCAAACGCAAAACGAAACUCUCUUUUCUCUUUUAUAUUUUCCCAAAAUUCGGAGCUUUCAUAGCUUCCCUGUCCCUCUCCACUUUUCCCCCUUAAAAAAAAAAAAAACCAAUAAAAAAUCUCUCUCUUAUCACUUCUCUCAGCUCAAUUUCCAUCAAGCUGAAGAAAGAGCUAUUAAGCUAAAUUAUACAGAGGCAUUCAACAUUUUGUAAAUAGAAGAGAGAGGGGGUACUGGUUCGUGGAGGUGGUGGGACUUCUGCGGGCUUAGCGUCCUCUCUCAUUGUCUUUUUUAGCUUCGAGAGCUUUGUUCUUGAUGCAUAUGUAUUAUUACAACGUUGAGCUUAUUGAUGAGGUUGUGUAGAGAGUUUUAACUGAAAGGGAAAUCCUAAAAGUUAUAUUAUGGGUUCUGUUUGUUGCUGCUUGCAUGCUGAGGAUUUUGAGGACUAUAUGAAUCCAAACAGUAAUGUAUAUAGAAACUGUGUGUGCCUUAGUUGCUUCGUUCAGAAUUUCCUACACGUGUAUACCACAUUAUUCCGAAGAGGGGAAUUGCAUUCUGUCCCUUCAUCCAUUCAGGGGACGGCAUCUAUGAACUCUUCUACAUCACUAGGCAACUCACUUUCUGACAUGUACCGUUCUCCUCCAAGGCCCUUGCCUUAUGAUGCUGACACCAGAUAUUUCCGCUUAGAACGUGAUGUUCUUGUUUCAAGACAUGAGAAGGGUUCAAGUCAUUCACAAGAGGAAUCAGAGCCUUUAAGAGGUGAAGAUAAUGCAGAUUCUGAAUCUUUGAGUACGGGAGACAAAUGGAAUGCUUGUGAACAAGGCUCAAAAGAGCAACAUUCUAAAUCCUCGCAAAAACUCUCAUCAGCAAAAGCACCGGUUGGAAUUGGGUAUAUCUAUUCAUCAGCAGAAGAGGAGGAUGUCUGUCCAACAUGUCUUGAAGAAUAUACUCCAGAGAAUCCCAAGAUAGUAACAAAAUGUUCCCACCAUUUCCAUCUUGGUUGCAUUUAUGAAUGGAUGGAGAGAAGUGAAAACUGUCCAGUCUGUGGAAAGGUUAUGGUAUUCGAUGAAACGACUUAAUCUUGCUUGAAAGGUUUUGUUGUGGAUGAAAACCAGCAAACAACAGAAGACAUAGAACC